ACAAAGUAUGUUGGCACAAGAUCCAGGUCGUUUAAGUAUAUACAUGUAUAUAUGAUAUAUAUGCUCCGUUAUAUCUACAGUAAAUUAUAACCACUAUUCACAAGGUAGGCAGAUAUCAGCUUUACUAACAUACUGUAUGUAGAUCUAUAUACAUGUCGAGUUUGAAGUUUUAACUUAUGGGUGAUAAAAAGACUGAACGCGUAACGUUUGUUGAUGUGAGAGAGGCUUAUGAAAGGAUUAAAUCAGUGGUCAGUAAGACACCAGUUUUUCAGGAUGAAGAUUUCAAUGAAAAAUAUGGACGUAACUUCUACUUCAAAGCUGAAAACAUGCAGAAGACAGGUGCAUUCAAAAUCAGGGGUGCCCUAAAUGCUGUCCUUAAACUGCGGGAAAAAGAGAAAGAUAUUAAAGGUCUGGUAACACACAGCAGUGGCAAUCACGGCCGAGCAAUGGCUUGGAUUGCACGGCGAUUUCAUCUACCAUGUGUUGUUGUAUGUCCGACAACUGUUCCAGAAGCCAAACUUCAGGACAUCAGGGAUCUUGGAACUGAAAUAGUGCCCUGUGAGCCGACGCCAGCCGAUAGAUUAAGAAAAGUGGGUCAAGUACAGGAGGAACGUGGAUACAAAUACAUAUCAACAUGUGAUGAUAACGAUGUUAUAGCUGGACAGGGUACUAUAGGCCUGGAACUUCUGGAUCAAGUUCCUGACUUGGACGCCAUACUGGUUCCGGUUAGUGGCGGGGGAAUGGCCGCUGGAAUAUGUAUUGCCGCAAAGAGCAUUAAACAAGAUACAAAAAUAUUUAUUGUGGAACCGGAGGGUAAAGACUUAGAGAAAUGUCUAAAGGCAGGUGAGCGGCUCUGGCCUAAUCCUCCCAAAUGUCUCGAUACUGUCGCAGAUGGUAUGAGAAUGCAGCAGCUGGGCUUCAAGACGUGGCCUAUCGUACUUGAGCAUGCAGAAAAACAAGUGUUCACUGUGGCUGACAAAGAAGCGAUAGAAGGGAUGAAAUAUGCAUUCCAAAGUAUGAAGAAUAAAUCACUUAUACGAUGGGGAUUUCAAGCGGAUAAGGAAAAUGGGCCUCUCCUUACAACCGAAAGAAGAACAAGACUUUUUUCACCUAAAAGGAGUCCAGUAAACACAAGUACACCAUGGAAGGCGUUCUACAACAAGAAAACAGACUCUAUAAAAAAUAUCGCCAUGUAA